UCGGGAGCCACCUCAGCUCGGACGGACAGGCGGAGACAUAGCGGCCGAGCGGGGACAUCAUGGGGAUCGAAUGAGCGCUGUUUCUGCCCCUCAGGAGAGCCGCGGGCUGGAGUCGGGAAAUGUCCGGCAAGCUGGAGAAACAAGAUUCCCAACGCUCCCACCUGAGCUCGUUCACCAUGAAGCUAAAAGACAAAUUUCAUUCACCAAAAAUAAAACGAACUCCCUCAAAAAAGGGAAAACCGGUAGAAACAACUGUUAAGACCACUACAGAAAAGCCUCCAAAUAAGACUUUAAACCGGCUAGAGGAACAAGAAAAGGAAGUAGUCAGUGCACUGCGGUAUUUUAAAACCAUUGUUGAUAAAAUGGUAAUUGAUAAAAAAGUACUGGAGAUGUUGUCUGGAUCAGCCAGCAAAGUCUUAGAGGCCAUCUUGCCAUUAGUACAAGUGGACACACGCAUUCAACAAAGCUCUGCCAUCACAUCCUGUUUAAAUCAGGUGUAUCAAAGCCUGGCCAAUCUGAUUCGCUGGUCUGAUCGGGUAAUGCUAGAAGGUGUGAAUCUAGAUGAAAAAGAAAUGGUGAAUGCAAUGAUUAAGGCGGUGCUCGAUGGAGUGAAGGAGCUUGUGAAACUGACAAUAGAGAAACAAGAACAGCCAUCCCCCACCUCUCCAGUGAAACCCACCCAGCCAACAGCUAAAACUGACAGUGUAACAGAGCUUCCCUUGACUGACCGUGAAAAGGAGAUUUUAACGAAAACUACUCCAAUGACAAGAUCACUGGAGGCAUUUUCAGACUCUGCGGAUGGGGAAUGUGCUCCACCAAAGCCGCCACUGCCUGGUAUUCGUAUCAUGGAACAUGGCAGUCCUGCUUCUUCAGUUUUACCACCUCUACCACCCAAAAAGAGACAGUCUGCACCUUCACCUACCAGAGUGGCAGUAGUGUGUCCUAUGAGUCGAACUACCAGUGGUUCUAGUAUACCUAAUACCAGGCAGGAGUUUGACAGUUUGGAUUGUUACUUGCAAAGGCGACUGUCUGGUGGCAGCCACUCCUAUGGUGGAGAAUCACCAAGGGUAUCUCCGUGUAACAGCAUAGGAAAGCUGAGCAAGUCAGAUGAACAGCUGUCAUCACUGGACAACGAUAGUGGACAGUGUUCACAGAACACAAGCUGUGAAACACUUGAUAAUCCAGAAAAUUAUGAUCCCGAUUAUGACUUCCUGCAUCAGGAUCUUUCAAAUGCUGAUCAGAAUUCGCAACACAUUUCAGGCAUGCUAAGCCCGCUACCAGAGUCAGCAGUAGAAUCCAGUUCACCUCUUCCUGGGCAGACAUUUACUUCACAAGCAGUGCCUGACUGGCGGCUGGGGCCGCAGACUAAUGCUUCACCAAUGCAAAUACCACCGGCAUUACCAGAGAAGAAACGCAAGAGUGCUGGUUCAUCAGAGAGUUCAGGAUCUAGGGUUUCUUAUGAGAGAUUUCCUUCACAGUAUGACAAUAUUUCUGAGGAAGAAAUGCAGAAUUCUGCUGUGCCAACAGUGCAAUACCCUCCAUUUGCUGUAGUUUCACCAAGGCAACAAGGAGUUCCAUCGAUGUCAGUUGGAUUCCAGGAUAUUGAUGUUUCAGAAAUGGCAGGAGUACCUGAGAAGCCUCCUCCGCUCCCAGAAAAAAAGGCCAGGCACAUCCUUGCAUACAUGCAGUUUGUGGAAGAUUAUUCUGAGCCACAGCCUCACGUUUUUUAUCAGACACCACAGAAUGAACAUAUAUAUGAGCAGCGAAACAAACGGUUUCAGGAAGUCUAUGGAUUCAAUGACUCCUUCAGCAGCACUGAUUCAUCACUAGAGAUUUUGCCUCCUCCGGCUCUGCCACCCAAACAAAGACAACUGGCAUCCUAUGCUGCUGCAUCAUCUUCUUCCUAUUCUUCAUCCUCCUCAUUCUCCUCCUCAUUUUCUUUGUCGUCCUCCUCUUUCUAUCUUCAGCAGUCGAAAGCCCUUGUCCUGCCUGAGGACGCCAAUACUGCUACCAGUAUCAGCAUGUCCGUCUCCAAUUCCUUCCUGAGUCGUCACAACUCCUUAUCUUCAUCUUCGUUCAAGUCGGUUUUUAGAUCCUAUUCGCAGGACUUUGUUCCUCACCAUCAUACCUCUGCAUCUCCUUCUCUUUGCACUAUCUCCUCCCACUUUCCAGUUGUGCAUCAAUCAAGGAGCUCCGACCUAACUUUGCCAGGCUCAGCAGGCAUAGUGAAAGCUACGGAACUGCUGGACCGCUCUCAUGACAAUGCAAAGCCUGUUCCUGUCUGCCUUCCUCCUGCAUCUGCUUUUCCCACCUCUCUCCAAACUACUUCGAGCGAGAGCAAUAGUGAGGAUGCUGGUGAGGGUGAAUACGUUAAUCUGUAUUCAUCCAGCCAAACCAAUGGAGACCUCUCUCACCCUGAAGCAGAAAUACCGAUGUGUGCUGAUACUGAGCCUGUAGACUCUCCUAACGAAGAAGAGCUCCUUCACAAUGAUUUUUCAAAAUCAACUAAUGUAAAGGAAAACCAAGAUAGAAAUGACAGGCGAACAGACGCACAGAAUUUAUCCGACUUGGAUCAAAAUGAUGAAACGGAUGAAUUAUCCCUCAUAAAUCAUGAUGAAAUUAUGGCUCGAUUAACACUGAAACAAGAGGGAGAAGAUGGUCCAGAGGUACGAGGAGGCUCAGUCGAUAUUCUCAUAGUGCAUGCAACUGAGACAGAUCGUAAAGACUUAGUCCUUUACUGUGAGGCAUUCCUGACCACCUAUCGGACAUUCAUUCCACCCGAGGACAUCAUCAAGAAACUACACCAUCGUUAUGAGAAAUUUUGCCACUGUCCUGACACAUUCAAAAAACGGGUGAGCAAGAAUACAUUCUUCGUUUUGGUACGAGUGGUGGAUGAACUCUGUUUGGUAGAGCUAUCGGAUGACAUCCUGAAGUUGCUAAUGGAACUUGUGUUCCGUUUAGUGUGUAGUGGUGAACUGAGUCUGGCCCGAGUCCUAAGAAAGAAUAUUCUGGAUAAAGUAGAUCAGAAGAAGACGGUGAAAUAUUUUGGUUUGAUGAAGCCAUUGGCUGCACGUGGGGUAGCAGCAAGGCCUGGAACCCUUCAUGACUUCCACAGCCAUGAGAUUGCUGAACAGCUGACGCUGCUAGAUGCUGAGCUGUUCUACAAGAUAGAGAUUCCUGAGGUUUUACUCUGGGCCAAAGAACAGAAUGAAGAGAAGAGUCCGAACCUAACACAGUUUACAGAGCACUUCAACAAUAUGUCCUAUUGGGUGAGAUCAAUAAUUAUUCAACAGGAAAAGGCACAAGAUCGAGAACGGUUACUCCUCAAGUUUAUCAAAAUCAUGAAGCACUUACGCAAACUGAAUAAUUUUAAUUCAUACCUGGCUAUAUUGUCUGCAUUGGACUCAGCACCUAUCCGGAGGCUGGAAUGGCAGAAACAGACUUCAGAGGGUCUGGCUGAAUACUGCACACUCAUUGAUAGCUCCUCUUCAUUUCGAGCAUAUCGUGCUGCUUUGGCAGAAGUGGAACCACCCUGUAUACCUUACCUAGGUCUUAUACUGCAAGACCUAACAUUUGUUCACCUUGGCAACCCAGAUCUAAUUGACGGAAAGAUCAACUUUUCCAAACGAUGGCAGCAGUUUAAUAUCUUGGAUAGUAUGCGACGUUUCCAACAAAUUCAUUAUGAACUAAAACGCAUCGAUGACAUUGUUAUGUUCUUCAAUGAUUUUGGAGACCAUCUUGCAGAGGAAGCACUGUGGGAACUCUCAUUAAAAAUCAAACCACGUAAUAUUCAACGACGGAAAACGGAGCGGGAGGAAAAAACCUAGGAUUU